UAUCGAUUCGUCAGGAACAUGUAUUUAAGUAAUAUAUCAAAAAAUAAUUGAACUCAAUAAUUUUUAACUGAUUAAUUAUCCAAUAGAUUGAUCUAUAUACUUAUAUUUAAUUACAUCUUGGCAUAUAAUUUAGCUUCUUCUACAAGUGCAACGUCCUUUGUAGCAAUUCUCCAAAAAAUCUUUUGAUUAUCUGUUUGUAACUAAAAUCAAAUAGGAUCACAAGUAAAUAUUUAUCACAUAUGUUUAAACAAAUAUGACAUUCAAGUGCAGCGUCCGUUUGUAGCAAAUUAGCAAUUCUCCAAAAAUCUUUUGAUUAUCUGCUGGUAACUAAAAUCAAAUAUGAUCACAAUUAAAUAUUUAUCACAUAUGUUUUAAACAAAUCCGACAUUCAAAAGAAAACCAAAACUUCCUUAUCAUUUUCUCAAAAGAAAAUCAAAAUUUCCUUAUGCAAAAUCUAAACAAUAAAUCAAAUAAAAAAAUUUAAAAAUAUUUCAAAACUCGGAUUUGUAAGAAAAUGUAGUUUAAGAAUAAAAACAUUAUGUACUCACUUUUUUAUCCUUUUUCGCAAGAAAAUAUUUUAGUAGCGACAAAGAGUAAACAUCAAUGAUGAUCUCUCAUAUAUAAAAGCUCUCAACCGACCUUCAACUUAAAAAACACAAAGACACAAAAGUCUCUCAUUGUUCUAUCGUUCCAUGCAUGCACUUUGGGAAAGUAAAGUUGUGAUAAAUUUUGAUUGAAUCCCAAAACCAAAGUUAACCUAACGAUCAAUCUACUAUGCGUAAUUAAUUUCCGUACACAAAAUUCAGUUAAAAAUGAUACAUUCUUAAAAGAAAUGAUAAAAAUGAUACAUAUACUAAUUUGUGUUAGUAUUACUUAGAAAAAUGAUAUGAAUUUAACAUCAUUUAAAUAAAAGAAGAAAAUCUUGCAUCAAUAAGAAAAUGACACUAACAUAAUUCAGUUAAAAAUAAUAUUUAGUUUGUGUUGGUUACCAUUUCGAUAUACGGAGGAGGAUGAUGAUCUCGGAGGAUUGCGAUAUCUCCGCAUCUCUCGUGCUUCCUAUUGCGCUUCAUCUUGACCCCCCUUCAACAACAACAAAAAAACGCCUUGUCUUUUGGCAGUUUGGACUCAACAGACCCGCGUUUAAGCUCCCUGGUUGAUCUAAUUAAUCUUCUGCUGGGGCUUUAUCUUUUAUAAAGCACCUGAAUUAUAUUCACAAAUCAACCAAAAGUUACAGUUUCAAAACGGGGGAUAUGGAUCAGUUUAAUGCUUUUGACAAGAAAGCAAGCAAACACGCACCUAGGGUGAUGAGGGGAUCACGCUUUCUGGUGAGCUUACUUCGGUAGUGAUGGUUCAGGACAUGAUCCAAUACUUUUGAGCUUAUAAAGUGAUUGCAACAAGCUACUUCAAUUAUCUGCAAAAAAACAAGCAAGCAUCAAGACACGUUGAUAAUUUUGAUUUUUGACCACUGCUAGUCUGCUACUCUUUCAAUAAUAUUUAACUCUUUAUCAUAAGUACUAAGUAGAUUGCAGUAAAGAAACAUUUUGGCUCGUUUAAUUUCAAAUCAUUAUUGCUAUAUUCUUUUAAAGUCUACUACUUAAGUAAUUUAAUUAUCUAUUCUAUUAUAAUUAAAAUUUCAAAUACAUACGACGACGACAAACAAAUUCAAACCACAAAACUACCUAUUAAACGUUGGAACAAAGUCUAACCUCAAGUCCUGAAGCAAGCGGAAGGCAGAAGGGAAUAAUGUCAGUAUCUCCUCUCCUUAUUCAAAAUCAUUCAUCAAACAAGCAUGACUCAUGAAUUCAUGAUCAUGUUAUGAAAAACAAAACAAGUGUAAGCGAUAUAUAACAACAAAGAAGAGCAGUGUGUUAUCAACAAUAAUGUAAUUUGUCAUAGCAAUACAGAAACAAGAAUGCAAUGUGAUAUACUGAUAUAGAAACCGAGAAUAACAUUUUUUUAUAGCAAUACAGAAACAAAAACAGAACAACACUUAAGAAACAACCAAGCCUUAAUACAGAAACAAAAACAGAACAACACUUAAGAAACAACCAAGCCAUUUAAUACAGAAACAAAAACAGAACAACACUUAAAGAAACAACCAAACCAUUUAAUACAGAAACAACAACACUUAAGAAACAACCAAGCCAUCUAAUACAGAAACAAAAACAGAACAACACAAUAUAUCAUUACACUGUUAGGAAAAAAUUACUUGAAUUCUUAAGUGACCCUGAAGUUGCUGCUGUGCUGCUUGGUUAUUAUGAUUGUUUGCAAAGGAUAUAAUUCUAGAGGGAGAUUUUGAUUUCUAACGGAUAUUUUUUUUUAAUGCUAAAAGCUUCAUUGAUUAAUAACCAUGGAAGUAUACUUUUUAUUUUUUGAACACAACCAUGGAAGGAUACAUUGAUUAAGCUUCAUUGAUUUCUAACGGAUCUGUUUACUUUUUUUUCCAAUAAAAGGAAAUAUCCCUAAAAUAUGAAACGAUGUUGUGUUGCUCAAAAAGGAAAACGGUGUCGCUUAUCCAAAAAAUCUUAAGCGCGCUGCGUUUUGUAUGUGUUGACUUUUUUUUUUAAACUCGUUUACUUCGAUUGUGGGUAAUGUAUUUAGGGUCAAAGCCCUGGCUGCUCUACGUCUAGAGGAUCUGCGAACUUCAAUUUUUCAUUAACUAAAUAAAGGUAUACAUGAUUUUACACUACAUUAGUGUUUCAACCACACUUACAACAAAGAGAUUAGUAUCAUCUAGUAUCACUACAUGGAUCCUACGCUACCAAUCUGAACCUUUGGUGCAAUUUAAACCCCAAUGAACGCAUACUAUUCCCACGACCUAGGAAUAGCCGGUUAUUAUAUGUGUUGACUUAAAGAAAUGAAAUUUCAUUUACGUGUGGUCUUUUUUAAUUCAUGCAAGCUAAUCCAAUAUUAUAUAUCAUAUGCGUAAACUUUAGUUAUAAUUAGCUGUUCUACGUAUUGUAACAUCUAUAAAACAUCAUCAUCAUUCCCAUCAUCCAUACUCAAGCCAACGAAACCCCAAAACAAGAAAGAAUUCAAUUUUAUAAAAAUGUCUGCCCUUAAGCUAAGAAACGCGAACUUUUCGGCACCGGAGAUCGAUGACCUUUCCAAGCAGCUGUCGUCGGACAGACAACCCCUGGUACUCAAAAGACAGAGGUCAGUGUCUCAACGAGCCAUGUCAAACACGCUGACAUCAGCAGCAAAUCUCUCAAACCUCCUCCCAACGGGAACACUCCUCGCGUUUCAACUCCUAACUCCCGUUUUUACUUCAAACGGCGUUUGCGACCAUGCAACGCGUUUUCUUACCGCUGGUCUCCUCUUCCUCUUAGCCGCAUCUUGCUUCAUCAGCUCCUUCACCGAUAGCGUUAAAACCGACAACGGAACAGUCUACUACGGUUUUGUCACGUUCAAUGGUAUGUGGGUCGUUGAUUAUGCUGACCCGUCCGGGUUGGGUUUACCCGAUUUGUCCAAAUACCGGAUGCGGUUUGUUGAUUGGAUCCAUGCUACGUUGUCGGUUUUGGUGUUUGGAGCGGUUGCGCUGAGAGAUAAGUAUGUAACGGAUUGCUUUUAUCCGUCGCCUGAGGAAGAGACUAAACAUGUUUUGGACAUUGUUCCGGUGGGGAUUGGGGUUAUAUGUAGCUUAUUGUUUACGGUGUUUCCGACAAGACGUCUCGGAAUUGGGUAUCUUGUUACCGGGAAUGGUGAUCGCAGGUAAACAUUAUAACGUUUUAAA